CAGUCUUCUCAACUGUAGAUCACAAAGGUUUCGUCUUUACCCUCAUCUUCACCUGUGACUUGGCUAAGUCUGCCGCUGUUUGCGUACAACAAUUUCGACGGCUACCAUCUCCAUGUUCGGCGUGAGCCAGCCGCCUUGCGCGACCGGCACCUUCAGCCUGCUCCGAGGCUUCGAGACUUCAAGGUACUCCCACAACGUUCGCGCAAGCGGACAUACACGGCUCGAUGCGAUUGUUACGUGUUGAAGGCGAUGGGAGGCUCAGUUGCACCAAAGACUACGUCAGUGACGAGGAGAUUCCUCCCUAUGCGAUCCUCUCGCAUACCUGGAAAGAGGGGCAGGAGAUGAUCUUCGAUGAUCUAAAGUACCUCGACAGCAUGGAAGAUAUUGUUGCGCAACAUCAUGAGGGGUAUCGAAAGAUUCGCUUCUGUGCACAACAGGCAAAGCGUAACAGCCUGCAAUAUUUCUGGGUGGACACCUGCUGCAUCGACAAGUCAAACAACACAGAGCUGUCGGAAGCGAUCAACUCGAUGUUCCGUUGGUACCAGAAAGCAGAGAGAUGUUAUGUUUACCUUUCAGACGUCGAGGCUAACGCUUCGGAUAAGGAUAGCGAAUUGUCCCAGAAAUGGAAGCCAGCUUUCAGAAAAAGUAGAUGGUUCACUCGAGGCUGGACACUCCAAGAACUUCUCGCUCCCAAAUUGGUCGAAUUCUUCUCCGUAGAGGGAAAGAGGCUUGGGGACAGAGAAUCGCUUAAGCAGACUAUUCAUGAGAUCACAGAAAUUCCCGUAGAAGCUCUGUCAGGGAGCUCAUUGUUCAAAUUCAGCGUAGCCGAGCGUUUGUCUUGGACCGCAAACCGCGAGACGACACGCAAAGAGGAUGGAGCGUAUUGUUUGCUCGGUAUAUUCGGCACUCAUUUGCCGCUGAUCUAUGGGGAAGGCAAAGAGAAGGCGCUCAAACGGCUCAGGAGAGAGAUACAAGAGUCUCGGGAAGACGAGUUGAGUGCUGCCGUUGUAAAGAACAAUAACAGCCGCAGCCGAGACCAAGAAGCGAGGCUUGGCAAGAUCCGCGAAUGGCUCGCGGCGCCAGACCCGUCCACGAACUAUCACAAAGCGCUCAAGCAACGGCAGGCUGACACUGGACUCUGGCUACUCGAAGGCGAGAAGUUUAUUAGAUGGAAGACAGGUGCGAUGUCGCGACUAUGGCUGUAUGGGAUCCCAGGAUGUGGAAAGACCGUCUUAAGCUCUACCGUCGUUGAGAAUCUGCUUCAGCACUGCCACGAUGACCUCGGCACAGUGACUGUGUACUUUUACUUCGACUUCAAUGACGCGCAGAAGCAGGAUGCAGAGCUAAUGGUGCGCUCGUUGCUCUGCCAGCUGUUGCAGCAAUUGACCACGAUCCCUAGAAGCCUUGAUACGUUGUUCUCGUCUUGCCAAAACGAGCAACGACAACCGUCACUCCAAGCGCUUCUUGAAGUGUUACAGCAGACUAUGCAAGAUUUCACGCAGAUCUAUAUCGUUCUCGAUGCUCUCGAUGAGUGUACGCAACGCUCAGAGCUAAUGGAUGUGCUUGCAACAGUGGCUGGGUGGCAGCUCCAAAACUUGCAUCUGCUCAUGACGAGUCGGAAAGAGCGGGACAUCGAAAGCUCUUUGGAAGACUACGUAGACUCAGAAGACACGGUCUGUCUUCAGAGUGACGUAGUCGAUGGAGACAUCCAGCGAUAUGUGCAACAAAGGUUGUCUUCUGACAAGAGCUUGACCAAAUGGGAAAAAGACGCCGCUGUCAGGCAAGAAAUCGAGGUUACGCUGAUGCGUGGAGCCCAUGGAAUGUUUCGAUGGGCUGCAUGUCAGCUUGACGCACUAGGAAAGUGUCGCAGUCGAACGAUGCUGCGCAAGGCCCUCGCCACACUGCCGCCAACGCUUGAGCAGACAUAUGACCGCAUCCUAUGCGCAAUCAGCGAAGAAGACUCCAAGUAUGCGUUGCGCAUUCUUCAGUGGCUGACGUUCUCUGCUCGACCGCUCUCCCCCGAAGAGGUUGCCGAAGCGGUCGCCAUCGAUGUGACCCGCGACCCAGCGUUCGACCGUGACGAUAUCAUAGAAGACCCUCUCGAAGUACUGGAUAUCUGCUCGAGUCUUGUGACUUUGACGGCAGAAAACGAAAGAGGCACUUCAAGGUCUUCACAACGGAUCAUCGCUUUGGCACACUAUUCUGUUCAGGAAUAUCUUGUCUCCGAUAGGAUCAGGCGGGGACAAGCUAAAUCAUACAGCAUGCAAGAUGUCGUCUGCCACGAUGCAAUAGCGAAAGCUUCGCUGCAGUACCUAAUGCAGUUUCAGCAGCCAUUGUCACAAGAAGUUCUUAAUAUGUCCGCGCUCGCAAGAUAUUCAGCAGAGUUCUGGAGCAGCCAUCUUCAAAAGACAGGGGACAGGGAGCUAGGAACAAGUCUACUUGCGAUAAAAUUGUUGUCCACAGAAAACCCUGCAUAUCUCACUUGGAUCCGCUUAUGCGAUCCAGACAAAGCUUGGAGGUUGAAUACAAUCACAAAGCUGUUGCUCAACAACGGCGCUGACGUUAACGCGCAGGGUGGACUUUACGGCAACGCACUCCAGGCGGCUUCAUUCGGGGGCCACAAAGAGACUGUAAGGCUGCUGCUCAACAAAGGCGCUGAAAUUAAUGCGCAGGGUGGACAGCACGGCAACGCAUUCCAUGCGGCUUCAUGUCAAGGCCACAAUGAGAUUAUGGUAGCGCUGCUGCUUAACAGAGGCGCCGAGAUCAAUGCGCAGGGUGGAUACUGGGGCAACGCACUCCAGGCGGCUUCAUCUGGUGGCCACAAAGAGAUCGUAACGCUGCUACUUGAUAGAGGCGCCGAAAUCAAUGCACAGGGCGGAGACCACGGCAACGCACUCCAGGCGGCUUCAUUCAAAGGCCACAAAGAGAUUGUAAGGCUACUACUUGAU